CAGAUGCUGUAUGUGCACUGGAGGCGACCACAAGAAACACACGUGUGGGAGGAAGGUUGACGUUGGAGUUUUACUAUCUGUGCAUCUUGUAGAGGGACAGCUGUAGCAUCAUUGCUGCAACUGCACGGAAACCGAAUAAAGCCGUUUUGCUACCCGUGGGAUUCAUUCAACAUGUUUUAAUUGAGUCACUAAUUUUCAGGAAAUUCACAGGGCGCAUCUGACCGCUGAUGCGUAAAGACCCGUGCGUAAACCUAAAAAUAAUCGCCAAUGCUCUGUCACAGAAAGUCAGAGAGGAUUUAUUCCCACUUGAAACGUUAAUCAAGACCUUCACGACUUAAGACUGACUGACGUGAAGAAUAUUUGAUGGAGGUCGUUUGGUGACAGCGGCACUUUCUCCGGACUUUUAGUUUGGAUUGGCACCGCAGCGCCUUUAAAUCUUCUGGACUUUUUUCCUGCAAGGUGGAGAGUGGACCCUGUACCUGCAUGGGACCCUGACAGUUUCUGAAUCUCUUAAUUGUCACUGCUAUCGCUUUCUAUGUGUAACAAGAGGGGGAUAAAACGGAGCUGAAAUCCCUAUCAGGAGGAACUUUAUUUCCGAGAGCUUCCAGCGCCGCAUCAGUGGAGUAUUCAUGAAGCAAUAUUUGAACUAUUACAAGAUGAGGCUGAGAACAUCGAGGUUAGGUUAUCUGUUAAUUCAGUUCACGGCGCUUUGCUUUUACGCACAGAACACUGUGCAGUCUCCUCCUAAUUUCAAGCACCAUGUCACCGAGCAGAGCCGACUGUCGGACCGGAUGAGCCGCAGGUUGACACGAACCUACCAGCUGUACAGCCGCACCAGCGGGAAACACGUCCAGGUCCUGGCCAACAAGCGGGUCAACGCCAACGGGGAUGACGGAGCGGUGCACGCUAAACUGGAGGUGGAGACAGACUCUUUUGGAAGUCGUAUUCGUAUUAAAGGGGUGAAGACAGGAUACUACAUAUGUAUGAACAAGAGGGGGAAGCUGAUCGGCAAGCGGAAAGGACGAGGCAAAGACUGCAUCUUCACCGAGAUUGUUCUGGAAAACAACUACACGGCACUCCAGAACGCCAAGUACGAGGGCUGGUACAUGGCUUUUACACGCAAGGGCCGUCCCAGGAAGGCCUCCAAGACCAAGCAGCACCAGAGGGAGGCCCACUUCAUGAAGCGUCUCCCCAGGGGGCACUUGCUGAACGAGAGGAGACCGUUUGACGUCCUCCCUCUCGCUGUCCCCGCGCAGCCUUUGAACAAGCGGACUAAACAUUCCCAUCACCAGCGCUCAGGGGGCCGCUGAGGACUGAAACCACUGAGGGAGAACUGUGGAUGAACAGAGGAACCACUACAAGAGAAGACAAGUGCUCCCAGAGAAAUUAACUUUUACAGUCAAGUGCCCAUACACUUUUUGCCUCAUUUUGUGGACGUUUUAUGUAAUUCUUUGUACUGGAUUGUAUGUAAACAUUGACUAUCUAAUCUGUUAGUUAUUUCCAAUUCAGACAGACUUUAGGACAGACUUUUACUUAUUAAAUCAGGGGGAAAUUAAAGUACAGAAGAGCUCAAUGAAUCUGUUACGAGUGAAAACCUUUGGUUAGAAGUUAGCCAGCUCAGCAACAAAGAAUGUUUAAAAGAGAAAAGUACAAUGAAGCUAGACACGGCAGCUAUCUGUGGAUUUUCUUGUGGACUUUCUUGUGGACUAUCUUGACUGAGGCUAUUUUGGAGAAAUUUUAACCUGUUUUUUUUUUUCUACAUAUAUGAAUAUAUUUUUACUGUAAAAAUGUAAAUGAUGUCAAAUGAUGGAAAUAUUUAUUGUAGAGUGUAUAUUAAAACCACUAAGAAUCAGUUCACAAGCUGCUUGGCUUUUCUCUUGUGUGGUUGUUUUGGGACAGAAAGCUAGCAUACAUUGUUGGUUGCCCCCAAAAACUGUUGUUUUUUUUCCCCCCUUCUUCUUCGAG